AUGAAAUUAUUAAAAGCUAUAGAUUUAUAUGGUAAAAUUCCGAAAGGAUUGGCUGAGCCUACAAGCUCAGGAGCUGUGGUUUCCAUUCUCACUUUGAUUUUCCUAGGAUUGAUGGUCAUGAAUGAAGUGAUUGUAAUGAAUAAUGACCAUCAUUUGUAUAGGAGUAUAUUACCAUAGAUGUGCAAUCAGAAAUCAUCGUGGAUCAAUAAUUGUCAAAGGAUAGAGUUCAAGUGAGUUUCGACAUCAAGUUUGUAAGGGCACCAUGCGACUUUUUAGAAAUUGAUCAAUAGGAUGCAAUGGGAUAGAGUUUAUCAUAAUAAUUCAUUGACUUAAAAUACUACAGAAUGGAUUCAAGUGAAAGGAGAAUCGGAGAAUAUGUAAAUAUCAAAAUUGAAUUAAUAGAUCAGAAAUUAGAAUAAUUGGGUUGUGAUUGACGAUGCUAGAACAGCAGUGGCUGAAAAGUAAGGCUGUGAAGUGGUUGGAAGUCUCAAGAUUAACAGAGUUAGAGGAAAAAUAUCAUUUGGACCGCAUCGAUCUCAUACUUAUAUAGGUGCAGUGGGCAAUCUACAUCUUCCAUUAGACUAUUCUCACAAAUUUGUAUCAUUUACUUUUGGAGAUGAAAAUGCUCUCAAGAAAGUCAAGAGCAUGUUCAAACAAGGCCAAUUAGAGAGUUUGGCUGGCAGUCAAAGAAUUAAGAAAUAUGAAUUGGCUAGUCAAUCAGUAUUCAUAAAUUAAACAUUUUUAGAUGUAACAUGAGCACUUCAUCCAUAUCAUUCCAACUCAUUAUACAUUGUUAAAUAAAUAAACCUAUUCAGUUUACUAGUAUACAGCCAAUCAUAAUGAAGUGAGAUCCCACAAUUACGCCAAUGUUCAAUUAAGGUAUUCAAUAUUAUUAAUAUUCAGAUAUGACUUCGCACCCACAACUGUCACAUAUUGGUAAACCAAAGAAGACAUUCUGCAUUUCUUAGUCUAGAUAUGUGCAGUUAUUGGAGGCAUAUUCACUGUAUCAAGCAUGAUUGAGGCUAGUGUAUAUAAAGUUAUGAGAAGUGUGUUAAAAGUUGAAUGA